UCAGACAAUGGAAUUUUUACAUGGAACGUUGGCACUGGUUUACGAGAAUCAUACACAGGCAUAAAAUUCACCGUAUACGACAAAUUUAAUGCUAGCAGUGUUUUCAGUUUUUCAAUCAACUACUGUGGAUGUAGUGAAGUUUCGUUUUGUUCAUUUAAUGGUGCUACUAACUAUCCUUCAGAUACUGUAGUAAAAGCCUCAUGUGUUUGUCCAGCCUACACUAGUGGAGAGUAUUGCGAAGAUAUCAUAGAUCUUUGUCCGAGCUAUAACUGCUACAAUGAUGUUUGUAAUGUUAUGGUUUACAAGUCAAAACCAUCGUGGCCAUGCGGUCCUUGUCCCAAAGGAAAGGAACAUUUGAUGUCUGGAUAUAAUCAGACAUGUACAGAUAUUGAUGAAUGCAGUUAUUAUCAUUCUGGAGCUGACAAGUGUGAGCAGAAUUGUACAAAUACCGAUGGAUCCUUUUUAUGUAGCUGUUUCAAUGGAUAUGAAUUAAAUAGAAAUGGCCAUUCAUGUGAUGAUAUUGAUGAAUGCAGUAGGGGAAUUCGAGUGUGUGGAAGUACAGAAAUCUGUGUGAAUACUUUGGGAAAUUCGUCAUGCUUAUGCGCUCCGGGAUUCCAAAGACUUAGUGAUAAAACUGGGACCUGUGUAAAAAUAGGAUCUGUUGAGGACGCUGUUCAAGUUAAAUGUUCCGAUUCACAAUGGGAUAUUGUAGUCGAUAUGAACAUACUACAAGCGCAAUAUCCAGCCAUUAAACCCGCUGACAUUUUCCUAGGAGAAUCUAAAUGUCUUGGAAAGCUGGAAGGGUCUCUUCUGAAGUUCCAGUAUAACCUAAGUAGCUGUAAAACUGCUGAUAUGACUUCAAGUAUAACGCAUAUUUACAGCAACAAAUUACUUUACGUAAUGUUUGAUCCUGUGAUACCAUUCCUCAUUAGACGUCACAUUUGGACGUUCAUUGUGGAAUGUGACGUUAUCAGAGGUGGAACAGGGACGUCACAUUUACAUCACGGCAUCGAGACACACCAUUCAACAUAUGUGAAGCAUUACAAUGUCACCGUACAGCUUUAUAGUGACAGGGGUUUUCAUAAUCCCAUUAUUCCAGAGGCCAGUGACAUACAUGUUGGUGAUGACGUGUAUGUGAAGGUUUCUACAAAUAUUCCCGAUUGGAAUACAAAGAUGCGACUUCAUACUU